GGAUAGAAGAAUUAUGUUUUUAUGAUUACCUACCUACCCAGAUACUGCCCAGGUGAGUACUUGGUAUGUAAUUAUGUACCUAGGUUUCUACUACGUAAGUGCAUAUGUUGGUUUCGUGCAAGUUUAGCUUGGUACGACUUGCUUAAUUCAAGUACUUAUGUACUUAUGUAUGCUCACCUACAAGAUCAGGUAAAUUGCUACUCUCCUAAGGUAAAAUGUACGGUCGAGUUUAGGUUGUACAUAAAUGGGGCAUCACGUGUCACUUGCCGGCAGGUCUUCUGCUGUGUUGCCCGGCAGCUCAGUAGCUCAGUUUUGGGUUUCCGUUAGCGUCGAGUCGAACGUACCUACUUUAGGGUGAAUGUCUCAAUCAAAGGAAAUAGCAACAGAGGUCAUUGUGCGAGGGUGGGCAAAUAAGCUAUUCCUCGCCUUCACAAUGACGUAGUAAUCACGCGUUUUGGACUCCCAACUUCUUUCGUUCUUACUUUCGUGUCACCGAUUUUCUUCCUUUACCAUGUUACCUCCAUCGACAUCAAACACAUCGAAACACGCCAUAACCAAAGCCAAAGCCGCGGACCCCAAAUAUGGGCAAUCAUUCGAUCCCUGGAACUCGUCAGCUACCGGCCACCAGCGCGCCGACAACCACCUGGGGAGAAGUACAGGAUGGCGCCAGUCCCGGAACUUAAAGCUUACGAGCCAAUUCAAAGGGGGGCCGGGUGGCGGGCAACGAGUAUCGGACACAGUCGGCGCCGGGUCGAAAGACUGGGAUCCUAAGUUGAAGGCUCUCGUCACGCCUGAACUACGGGCACGCGCCAAAGUAUCUGUCGCAGACAUGCUGGUGAAGCCGGGGACUAUGGGGAGGAGCAUGUCACCAUCUACUUCGAUGAUAGAGAACACGAGCCAAAGGGAGGAAUUUGGAAAUCGUGGGGACUUGACUACCGAAGAGAAGCUUACGACCCGGCGGAAAGACGAAGACGAAACUCGACAGGCUGGAAAAAUGCAAUCGAGAGGAGCAAUUUUCGAUGGCGUCGUAGUCUACAUCAAUGGCAGCACUCAUCCUUUGAUCUCAGAUCAUAAGCUGAAGUAUGUGCUUGCGGAACACGGCGCUAAAACUUCCAUCAACCUAGGACGACGGCAGGUAACCCAUGUGAUUAUAGGCCGAUCGGCCGGCGAAUCAGGUGCCGGUGGAGGUCUGGCGGGAGGAAAAUUACAGAAAGAAAUUCAGAAAGUCGGUGGCCGCGGAGUGAAGUUUGUGGGCGCGGAAUGGGUUAUCGAAAGCAUCAAAGCUGGUAAACGACUUCCGGAGGCCAAAUUCAGUAAUUUAAAAAUCGCCUCCAAAGGUCAGCAGAGCGUAUACGGCUUAUAUUCUAAACCAAACGCUACCGCGGAGUCGUCCAGUACCCAAUAGGCAGGUUUGGGGCCGUUAGGCGUAAGAGUUCAUGAUGUUUCUAGCAUACGACAUGGUCAACGGGCUGAACGGGUUGCAUUUAAGGUUUGCGGCAUUGCAUUAUGAAAUACAUGCGGGUGGGUGGUUACUUUGCAUGAUACAUCGGCAUCAAGCAUUAAUUGCAUAGGUUGGUCGGUUCUGGGUGCGCCACCAGGCGUUUUUGGUUUGUGUACUUCGUGUGAUCAAAAAUUAAUACCUACCGCUUUUAUUUGGUGCAAAUCAUGUAGAUCGCGCUGUAGGAUGUUUUCCGUAUCAGGAUUCCAUUAUACGCAUCUAUGAAUAGCAUAAGCC